AUGGUGCCACGCAUUGUCAAUAGCUAUGUCGUUUCCGUGACAGUCCCUGAUAUCACGGCGGACCUUGGUCUGGGCCUCUGUCUCUCUCUCCGAUCGACGACGUUUGGCCCUGACACUCUCUCGGCUCAGGUAUCGACACAAUUUGCAUUCUGGGUUCGGUUAACUUGGUGGGUUGGAUAUGAAUUUGAAUGGCUUCUCUACGAAUUUGCUGACGCUGUUGGAGAGAGAGAGUUGUUGCAACAUGGACCUGUGGAGAUGCUUGUUGGCCAAUUCUGA